AAUUGAUGAAAAUAAUUCAAGUACUGAAAUUGACUCAAUAGAUUCAGAAGACUUUCAUGAAGCUAGUUUAGAAGAAGAUAUAAAUAAUACAAUUAUUGAUAAUAAAUCACAAUAUCCUAAUGAUAUUUAUUAA